GAACGCGGUAACUUUCAAGGUCUGCUUCUUUGCACGUCCACUGGUGUCUUGCAACAAGGUAAGCGCUCAAGCAACAUCCGAAGACGACCGUCUUAUGAUCCAUUCCCUUAUUAAGCAGAUGCCUGGAGGCUUUGAUGCCAUGAACAGUUUUGUGCAUAACACGAUUGUCCUCGCUUUAGAAGCCUCUCAUGUACAGUACGAGAAUACCUUCAAGCGUUGGUGCAGCAGCUGGAUUCGAGCACGUCGUCAGCUGUUUUGCCAACACUUCUUACUGCUGCAAGGCAGCCAGGCAGUAAGGCAGAUAGUGACUGACUGGCUUGUUCCUGAGCUCGCAGUGGCUCGCCAAUCUUCUUUUGAAAAGUGGAAACAAGAUGUCGUUGAGGUACCCGUCAUGUACAUCUCCAUUGCUACAGGGUAUGCUUAA